CUCAUGCAUGGUUUAUUGCUUGCCUUAUUGUUAAUGAAUCCGACGGGUGGCUAUGGCGCAGACUCCCAAGAUGCUGUCGCAGCCUUGCAAGCAGCGGUGGAACGCCUUGGGCGAGCUCAUGACUUUCGAGCACUUGCAGAAGGGCGUCAGGAGUGUGUCAGGCUGGCGGAGGAGCUCAAGCAUUCUCAGUCGACCCAGCAGACAGAGUCUACAGGCAAAGGUGUGAAAGAGAAGCUGCUGUCUAUCAACAAGGUGCUUCAUGACGAGCUGCGAAAAGAGCGCUUGCGCGGCGAUUCGUUUGAGAAGUGCGCCCGCUGGCGCCUUUGCUUUCAUCCUGACAAGGUGGCCUUUACCAGAGCGUUUGAAGACCUCUUGGAGCAAAGCAUUGCUACCGCUUGCGGCAUCCAGCGCCAGCGAGUGGUGGUCCUCCACAGUUGUAAGGACACCGCGGAGGUAGACUUUACUAUCCAAGCGGGUGAGACAUCAGCACAUGCAUUGGUGGAAGUGCUGCAAAGUCAGCUGGCGGAUGAGCGUCCUGAGCUGCGGACUGGAGCUUUUGCCAAGUUUGCCUGCUCGAUAUGCCGUUUGAGCAUAAUUUUGCCAUCCCCCACCUGCUUGUGGACAGACGAAUCGAACAAUCGAGAUGCAGCUUGCAUUAGUUUGGACCUGCUACAAGACUUCGAGCUUCAACAGGCUGCAUAUGGACCCUCCGAGCAGCCUGCAUCAGAGAUUGAGGUUUCUGAUGACGAAGCAGAUGUUCGAAAGCGUCCGGAGUAUUGGGGUGUGAGAGUUCGAGAGCUGGCGCAAUUUCACAGCAGUAUUCGGGAGGAGCUGUUGGCAUACUGCUCAGUGCACGAGAUGUGCUUUGAGCCCACUGGUUGUGUCCACCUGUGCAAGAAGAGCUGCACUUGGGAUCACAGUGGCAUUCAGCACAGGCUCAAGGAGGACAAGUCAGGUACCCAACUCCUUCCAAACAUGCAUGCUGUGGUGGCCAAAUACAUCAAACCGCAAACCAAAGAGUUGGGCAAGUCGUGGGCUUUGAUGAGGCACCCAGAUGGACUACGAAUCACGCAUUUUAUCACGCACACCUGGGAGGAGCUCUUUGCAGAUUUUGUGGCCAGUUUGGAGAGUGCGCUGGAUCCCGAUGAUGUAGUAUGGGUUUGCAGUUUGGCCUUGGAUCAGAAUGCUGACAUUGGGAAACUUCUCAAUGUUGAGCUGUCGAAGUCUCCUUUUGCCUUGGCCCUGAAGCGUGCGUCAAAGCAGCUAGUUGUUUUGGACCGGGCCUUAAAAGUUCCACGGCGGUCAUGGUGUGCCUACGAGCUAGCUUUGGCCACUCGUUUCUCGAUGCCUGCCUUCCUGUGGCCUCACCCAAAUUCGGAUAUUGAAAAGCUGAAAGCAGAAAUCAGAUCAUUGGACUUGCGCAGCGCGGCUGCCAGCAACCCAGAUGAUCAGGAGAAAAUCUGCCGCGACAUUGAAGAACAUGAAGGCUUUGACAAGCUGAAUGGGCGGUAUCGAUCAUUGUUGCAGCUGACCCUCAACUUCUACUCCUCGGCCAUGAGCCAGGUUGGUGCCUUGUCCCGACAGAUCCAGGAGGCUGUCAGUGCAAAGGAUGCGGACAGAGAGGCACAGCUGUUGCAGCUACGGCGGCUAGAGCUUCGCCGCUUGGAGGCCCAGCACAGCAACGAGCAGCGGUGUGCACUGCUGCAAGCGCGCUGCCGAAGCUUGGAGAAGGAGCUGGAUGAGAUGCGGCGCUUUGUUCGUUCAUUGGCCAAGACUGAGGUCGAGAAGGACCAUUGUGAAGCCUUCGACGAGCCACCAGUUGUGAAGGCAUCCAGCUGCUGUGGGCCUGCACGAUGGAGGCGGCGCAGCUUUGAUUCUUAAAUGAGACGAGCUGGCGCCCACUGUACAUAAGACGCUUCGAACGUCA